ACUUCCUGCGUUGUUCCUGCCUCCAGAAGUCUUGCUGCAGAGCGAAGGUUACUUUUUUUUUUUAAGUUGCACAAUUCAGCCGCUGUUUACCCUCACAGGACUAUAAGUUCCGUCGGUUGUUGAACUGGGAUGAAAGCAGCGGCUGAACUGAUGAAGGUUUUCAUAACGAGGCGCAUCCCGCAGGAGGGAAUGAAGAUCCUGUCAGGAGCCACUGGAGUGUGUGAGGUGUCUCAGUGGGACUCAGAUGAACCCGUCCCCAGGGCAGAGCUUCUCAAAGGGGUCCAGGGAGCUCACGGCCUUGUGUGUUUGCUGUCUGAUAAAAUCGAUGCUGAGGUUCUGGAUGCUGCAGGUCCAAACUUGAAGGUGAUCAGCACCAUGUCAGUGGGAUUCGACCACUUGGCUCUAGAUGAGAUCAAAAAGCGCGGCAUUCGUGUGGGUUACACUCCAGACGUCCUGACUGACGCCACUGCAGAGCUGACCGUGGCCCUGCUCCUGGCCACCGCUCGCCGGUUACCAGAGGGAGUGGAAGAGGUCAAAAAUGGAGGCUGGAGCUCGUGGAAACCUCUCUGGCUCUGCGGUUAUGGGCUGUCUGGCAGCACUGUGGGAAUCAUUGGACUGGGCCGCAUCGGUAUGGCCAUAGCUCAAAGACUCAUCCCCUUUGGAGUUAAGAGACUGCUGUAUACUGGAAGGACAGCUAAAGCCCACGCUGCAGAGGUGAAUGGAGAGUUUGUUCCCCUGGAGAAGCUUGUGUCAGAGAGUGAUUUCAUUGUGGUUUCCUGCUCGCUGACACCAGAAACUCAGGGCCUGUGUGACAAGGCGUUUUUCAGCAAGAUGAAAAAAACGGCCGUCUUUAUCAACUCAAGCAGAGGAGCUGUGGUGAACCAGGAGGACCUGUAUGACGCUCUGAGGGGUGGACAGAUAGCCGCGGCCGGACUGGACGUCACAACACCUGAACCGCUCCCAACAGAUCACCCGCUUCUUACACUAAAAAACUGUGUGGUGUUACCACAUAUAGGCAGUGCCACUUACUCCACCAGAGGCAUCAUGUCAGCGCUGACGGCCCAGAACCUGCUGGGGGGUUUGCAGGGCUCGGACAUGCCCAGUGAGCUCACCUUCUAGGUGCUGAAAACCAACCACCGUGCCUCCAGCGUCUCCGGUGCCACAUGAGCAUUAAAUGAAAACGUUAGAUAGGAGGUGAUGUUUGCAACACUGAAGCAGUCAUUCUAGUCAGAUUUGAUCUUAAUUGGAGAUCUAGAAAAGAAGGCCAACCUCACCCUGUUUUGUUUUUAGUUUUUUUAGAAAAUAGUGUUAAACAGUCAUGAUAUUGUGUAGUUAAAAUAUUAAAUCAUUGUGUUGAUACCUUCAGAGAUGUGAUAAUCGAUAAAUGAUUCAGACAUUAA